AUCACUUCAUGGCGAAAUCAGAGUUAUCAAAUCAGAGAAGUGAACGGAAGCUUCCACCAUCACCAAGACCAGCACCAUGGCUUGUCAUCCCACAUGGAAAAUAUCGUAAGUUCCAAACUUUCAUAAAUAUACAUGAUCACUUGAACAAAUUUUACAAGAAAGUCAUACCAGAGUUGAGUACCAAAAAUUAUUGGCAAAAAAAAUCUCAUCAAGGAUGGUUAAUCGUUUUUUGUUGUGAUGAUGAAGACCCAAAAUUCAAUUAUGGAGAAUUUUUUCUAUGGAAUCCUGCUUCACUAGAAACCAUAAACUUACCUAGUGACUGGAAGCUAGUCGACGAAUUUCCUAUUAGAGAUUGUGUUUUGUCUUCACCUCCUAAGCUUGGCAGUUGUGAUGAUGAUAAUGUUGAUUAUGAAUCAAUGGUUUAUAUCCUUUACAGCUGAGGUGAAAAUCCGGAUGUUCUUCUUUAUUGUCACCCUGGUGAAAAAUAAUGGAGACAACAUGAGCUGGUUGAUGUUGGUGAAAAUCAAUGUUUUAUUUGAAGGGUAAGUUGUACAUAAUGUGUAUGCCUGAGUAACCAGCAUAAAUGUAUGAAAAUUGAAUUUCUCUUCAAUGACUUGGGAGGAAGUGAAAAGUAUGGAUGACCAUGUCUUCCUUUUGGGUUGUAAUACACAACUUUCUUGCUUGGCCUCAGACUUGGGUUUAUUGAAGGGUUGUUUGUACUUUACACAAGCUGAAGAGAUGAGUUUGUACAAAUAUGACUUGGAAGAUGAUAGUAUUUUGCUUUCUUUACCAUGUCCGGAUCUACCAUGCCCAUGUUACUCGCCUAAAUGGUUGAUGAUUUCUGCAACUCCAAGGUUCGAAGUAAGAACAAUAGCAACAGACCAUGCGUCAGAACAGAACGAAAGUAAACAUAAAGUUAUUGGGGCAAAGGAAAACCAAACAGUAGAUAAAGAAGGUGAGAAAGGGGAUGUUAAAGAAGCAGGACCGUGGAUCAUGCUCAAGGAUGAUCAUAUGGUAUGGUUGAUAUCAAAUUAUCUGCAUACAUUGGACUACAUACAUUUUCGUGCAGUCAGUAAAAACUUCUGGAGGAUAUUAAAUUUGAAAAGAUCCUCAUCUACUAGGACGGUGCAAACCACAGAUUUAUCCCCAUGGCUGGUUUUUCCUAAGCAUCAAGCCGUCUACAACUUCAUAAAUCCAAUGCAUAAUAAUGAGAACUACCUCAUGAACAUCCCUGAAUCGCUAAAAGGUGCUAGAAUUCGGUUCUCAAAAGGUGGGUGGUUGCUCUUGUCAAAAGGAAAGAUUUUGUUUUUCUACAAUCCCUUCACAAGAUCAACUGUCAAACUUCCAGACUUGCCAGAUUCGUACGAUCAUUAUGCUUUCACAGGUAUCUCAUUCUCCUCCUUGUGAUAGGGUUGAAAUCUUAUUUAUCAAGCGGGGAGAUGAAUCUUGGACACACGAUGUCUUUGAUAACAAUGUGGAUUUCCAGCUUAACUUUAUCAAUCCAGUUUUCUAUCGUGGAUCUUUCUAUUGCUUAGACCUCAACGGAACUUUGAGGGUAUUUAAAUUAGGGCCUGACAUUAGUUGGGAAAUUCUAGCCAUGGUAGCACCGCCAAAUUGCGAGUUCAUCUACAAGAGUUUCUUGGUGGAGUGUGACGGAAAACUUAUGUCUGUAUUGUUAGCCCAUUUAGGAAAAUGGGUUCGUAUUUUUAGAUUGAACGAUACUAAAAUGGUUUGGGUUGAAGUCAAAUGUUUGGGGAAGUAUAUGUUGUGUAUUAGCAAUACAGCCUGUGUUUCUGCAAUGGCUCCGACUAGUCGUAUGGAGAACAAGAUCUACUUUCCGAGGUUGCAUAAUGAAGGGAUUUUGUAUUACUCUCUUGUUACAGGUAUGUAUCACUCUUUCGGGAGUAAACAUUCUGUUAAAGAUUAUCGUGAUUCUAAGGAGAACUUGCACUGCAGCUGGAUUCAACCUAAUUGGUCACAGAUCUCAGAUCACUAUCUCGACUGGCUUAACAUCUGAAUGUAAAAGUCCUAUUGUAAGGAUGUUUUUAUUUCUAUUUUGCUGUGUCCGCAUUCUGUAUCCACGCCCAUACUGGCAGAUGAUUUUCCUA